AUGUCGACGCUCAUGAGAACGCUGCGCAACCUGCGCCGAGUUGGACUUAAGGACAAGUACGGCAACAAGUACUUUGAGAACUUGGAGGAGGAGCUUCCUCUCCGAACCCGCUGGGUCGACUACAAGGACCAUGAGUUCGAUCCCUCUCAGAUCGAACCCGGAUGGCACGCCUGGAUGUCAUACAUGGUCGACAAGUCACCAGCCGCAGACCCGCUUCUGCAGCGCCAGGUCCGCGUCUGGGAGCCAAAGGAGCACAGGCCGACUCUCACAUGGACCCGCUCGGGAUACAAGCCUUACAACACUGUCAAGCCCAAGUACUCUCCAUGGACACCCGUCGCCAAGGCUCGACAGUAG